AUGUCGUCGGCCCUGAAGUUCCGCUCGGAUGAAAGCUCCGUUGUGGGCAGCGUCGUUCGAAUCAUCUCGGCACCCUUGCACGGCUUAUCAAUUCCGACGCAGCUCCUUCUGGCCACUGUUGCGCUCUCCACGGCGUACAUGGUGUACAAUGUGCUCCUCUGCCCACUCGCACGCUAUCCAGGACCUCUCUCCGCAAGACUCGGCAUUCCCUUUUGGCGCUUCUGGCACACGCUACAAGGCGACUACGCUCCGGCCCUCUACGCGCUCCACCAACAGCACGGCCAUGUGGUGCGCAUCGGCCCCACCCACCUUUCUUUCUCGGACCCGUCGGCAAUGAACUCGAUUUACAGCCUCUCGGACGGCGUUUCGAGCAAGUUCCGCAAGUCCGACUUCUACCGCUCCUUCCAGGUGUUCAAAUCGCACCCCUCGAUCUUCAGUGAGCGCGACCCGCAUCAGCACAGCAAGCGACGCCGCGCUGUCGCCAGCGCGUACAGCAUGAACAGCCUCGUCAAGCUCGAAGAGUAUGUCGAGGACGUAUCGGAGCUUCUGCUCAAACGCCUCGAUGAGCUUGUCGAGACUCAGGCGGUCACUGCCGACACACUCGAGGGCGGACAGGAUGCGGUCAAGACGCGACCGGUACGCAUCGAUCCUUGGUUCCACUACUUUGCCAUGGACGUGGUCGGCGAGCUGGCGUUUGGCCAGUCGUUCAAUCUGCUGCACCGAGGAAAGGAUGACGAGCGCUUCUUGACGGGCGUGCUCAACCUAUCGCAGUGGGGCGCGGCUGCUGGCUGUCUCCCUUGGCUCUCUUCGUGGAUUCUGUGGCUCUUUCCGCGCGUGACUGGUCAGCCCGGUGGCAGUGUGAUCGGCGACAAGACCACUUCGCGCAUCGCAACGCGCUAUGCAGAGGUCGAGGAGAACGGCGGCAUGCCAUCCAGACCAGACAUGCUCACCAAGUUCAUGGAGGCGCGCGACCCGGACACCAAGCAGAAGUACACCAUGAAGCAGGUGCUCUUUUCGGCAUCCUCGGUCAUGUCGGCUGGAUCCGACACCACCGCCACCUCGCUCACCAUCUUCUUUGGCUACCUGCUCGACAACCCACGAUGCUACGAAAAGCUGCGUCGGGAAAUCAACGAGGCUCUCGAAGCUGGUGCGCUCUCGACACCGGUCAAGUACGCCAAGGGUGCGCAGAUGGAAUACCUGCAGGCCUGUAUCAAGGAGGCACUUCGACUCUCGCCACCCAUCUCGAUGGAUCUUCCGCGUUACGUGCCUGCCGGUGGUGCUGUGAUCGGUCGCAGCCCCCACCCAAUUCCCGCAGGCACAACGGUGGGAAUUAGCCCCUACGUUUUGCACCGCCACACGGAAGCGUUCGGUGCGGACGCCGAGGUGUUCCGUCCUGAACGCUGGCUCGAAGGCGGCGAGGAAGGCAGAAAGGCGAUGGAGCGCUUCAACAUGACCUUUGGCGGCGGAUCACGGGCAUGCAUCGGCAAGAACAUCAGUCUCAUGGAACUGUCCAAGGUGAUUCCGGAGAUCCUGUUGCGAUACGACCUCAAGAAGCCUGCAGUCAGCCCGCACACGCAAGCAGGCGAGUCCAAGCAGAAACAGCCCUCGUUCCAGGGAAGGAGCUGCUGGUUCCUCGAAGCACAUAACCUUUUCGUUGAACUCGUACCGCGCAACGCAAUCUGA